GACCAAGCCAGCGCCCCGGUCGCGCACCAUGGCUUCAUCCACCUUGCGGGGGGGUGGUGAACGUUUGGUGAGGGAGAUGACGCCCAGGGACUCAGCUCCUCAGAGUGCUGGAAGCACCAGAUCACAGGAGAUGUCCAUGACCAUCGGUGAGAUGGAGAACCGGCUGUUGCCAAAGCCCACAAAAGGAGGCCGGGGCUCCUUGCCGAUGUCUGCUCGGGAACUCCUGGAGGAAAAUAAACAGCUGAUUGAGGAGAAGAAGGAGCAAAAGGCCUUGGCGAGAAAGAACAGCAGAGAGAUGGUGCAGAAACUGAUUGAGGAGGACCGGAUGAAGAGCGAAGGCAUCAAGGCCACGGUUCAAAGUAAACGCUCCAUGUUGAAGGACCUGGCGCAACAGUACAAAGCAAGCAUCACACAGAAGGAGGAGGAGAGAGCUGCCCUGAAAACUUCCAAGAAAGGGCAGCCGCCCUCCUAUUUCCCUUUUGUGGAAGGCGAGCGCAUUGCCAAGGGACGUGCUGCGAAGAGCGCAGUGUUGCGUGAGGAAAUGCAAGGCUUUCUGCAGAAACAGCGGGAAAUGAAGCCCCCGCGCAAUGAUCCACUGAUCCAGGACACGCGUGUGGAUAAUGUGCUUUUGUACCCCGUGCUGCCAAAGGCCACGGUGCAAUCCUUUGAAGCCUCCCCGCCCGAGUCCGGAGAGGUGCAGCAUGGAGACGCGGUGCCGGACGAGGAGCUGAAGCUGGUGGACGAAACGUGUCCUCAUAUGCAGAGGCACCCAGUGUUCUUGACAAAGGCUCGGGAUCACAAGUCCAGGCGGCUCUACGACGAUCAUGUGAGAAGAACGUUAGAAGAGAAGGUUGAGCAGACCAAGAUGGAGCUGGCCCAACAAGCAAAGAAGCGGAAGGACGAGCUUGCAACCUUGGAGGAUUCCAUGUUGGUGGCCGACGCUUUGCGUCAUGAUGGCACCACAGCCAAAGCAGAUGCCCGGCGGAGACACGCCAUGUUCCUCAAGGAGCAGAUCGAAGAGCAGCAGAUGCGGAAACAGAUGGAGAAGGCGGACAAGAAGAGGGAAACAGCUGGCUAUUGGGGACCGGAGGAUAAGCCAACGCAAUCGAAUGCUACGCAUCGAUCCCAUUGCCACGACCUCAUCAAGCAGAUGGAGGUGGACCAGAACCGAAAGGUGGUGGACAGGAGCAUGAGGCUAAGGCAAGAGAAGCAGAUCGUCAACAACUGUUGGGACCAUUGGGUAACGGCGGAUUGGUUACCCCACCUACAAAUAAGACCAGCGUUCACCUUCGCCGUUGCUUUCAGCGUUGCGCCGUGCAACCCCCCAGAACAGCGCUGCGGCGCUGGGAGACAUGGUUCCCUCAAUCCUGCUGUGCUGCAGCCCUUGGAAGGACCUGCAGGAGACGACUUUCAUCAUGACAUCGCACGCGACAUCGGGCAGCAGGUGGAAGCUAUGAUCCUUGAGGCAAAGCACGCGUCCGAGACGAAAGUGGGGAAGGAGAUCCAGAAGAUUAAGCAGAAGAUGGAGCACAUGGCUGAAAAGAUCAAGAUGAUCAACAACAAGGUGGCGCUUGUUGAGCCCGACCGAAACGCCUUGCUGAAGACGGACCUCCAGAGCUCCAUUGCGAAGCUUGAGGAAGUAUGGGAAGGCGAGGUGAGCACCCUGAAGCAUGAGCUGUGGCAGACCAUUCAGGCUCAUAAUCAUAAUGCGGAGCCUUGGCUUUGA